AUGGAGCGACCGACCAAGAAGCGGCAUGGCAAUGAGCCGCUUUCAGCCCGUGACGAGAGCGUGACAGUCAACAAUAGCGCGUUAAAUCCUGCAGGCUUUGAUGCUGAUAUGAUGCAAAAGCAAUUGGAGCUUUUUUUACAUAAUGGAGAUGUGGAUUCAGCUCAGAUUUUAGGUGAAUUGCUAGUUUCCGUAGCACUCGUUCCAGUAGAUUAUGAAGCUUAUGAUAGCAAGAGCCAUGCCCAGACAAGAUCAGACGAUAGCUUUCUAUCAAAGAGAUCUGUUGAUUGUUUUACAGCAGAAUCAAGCAGCAUCGAGACGCUGUUACCUGCUUUCCACGCGAAAACACUGCGUCUUUUUGCAGAUUUGAUGCUUGCAAAGCGUGAGUUUAAACGCGCCAUUCGUUACUAUCGUUACAGCUGCAGAGAUAUGACAUGCAUAACGAACGAGGAAGAGCUAGAGGUGAAGCUCAAGGUGGCUCGAUGUUACGUACAGCUUAGAUGUAUUCACGAAGCUAUCAACGUGCUUAAGUCAACACCAUCGGAUGCACGAAGUCUGAGUAUGAAUUUGCUGCUUGGGAAGUUAUAUGUGACCGAAGGGCUCCAGAGCAAGGCUGAAGAAAGCUACGCAAAAGCACUUAAACAGAAUCCAUACGCACUAGAAGCAGUCCUAGCGCUCGCAAAAUUGGCUUCAGUAAAAGGCACACCUCCGGAUGCAUUCGCAGGUUCGGACAGUUCACGUAAUGCUAGCAAGAGUACUCAGUCGACAAGUGAGCAAUUGUCUGGUUCAUAUCUAACGCAGCAUGAAAUUGAACGGUUCUACUCUGGGAGUGUGACGACAUCAAUGGAAGAACUCUGUGGGCUUUCACGACUGGAUGCGACGUGGAUGCAGACACUAGUAUCAGCUCACAUGGAUGCUGGACGGGGCAAUCAUCGAAAGGCCGUCGAGUCGUUCAAGGUACUCAAUUGCGUUUUCUCGGACAAUUUGCAUGGUUUGCUGCACAAAGCAGCACUUGAGAUUAAUCAGGACUUGCUGCAUCAAGCUCACGUUACGUUUAAACGUGCACGACAAGUGGAUGACUUGAACGUGACCUUAAUGGACCGCUACGCCUACUGUUUACGCAAACAAAAUUCUCGAACCUGCCUCAACGACUUGGUGCAAGAGUUAUUCAAGAUAAGCAGUACCUGCCCAGAGUCAUGGCUUGCUGCUGCAUAUUAUAACGACUUGAAGGGUGACUACGAGACAGCAUUACAGUUUUGCGAGCGCGCCAUCGAGGGACAAAAUCGUCACGCGCUCGCCCACUUGUUGCAAGGUGAAGUCUUGUUGAGGAUGCAUCGUCCACAGCCAGCCUUAAAGGCAUUCUGGACGUCCUGUAGACUCGCUCGGUCGUUGGAAGCCUAUACGGGUAUUAUCACGAGCUAUUGUGACUUAUUUAGUGUCGGCGUGAAUCGGUACAAGGAAGCAUUUGCUACAGCCAAAAGUGUAGUGAAACUGUUUCCAAAAAAAGCGCAAAGCUUUGUUCUGUUUGGCAGCGUGCUUGCUUUAAGUUCGGAGCACCGAAAACAAGCGCAGCAGGCAUUACAAAAGGCACUAGCCAUGGAACCACGUAACCUUUGCGCCAAUUUUGCGUUUGUCGAUCUGUUGGUUGAGGAAGGCAAUUUGCAAGGUGCCAUUGAUAGAUUACAAGCACUAGGAAAGCGUUAUCCACGGGAAGAAGUCUUUACCAAACUGGCAUUUGUGUUCUCAAUGGACAAACAGUACGCGGAGGCACUCAAAUACUUCCACCAAGCGCUGAGGCUCAACCCCGAAUCGACAGAGGCGAUGCAUGGGCUAGACCGUCUCGAGAAGCUGAUGCAUGACGAAGAUUCAGACGAACUCAGUACCUCGACGGAGCAUAUAGAGCAGGUAGAGCCCGAAGACCAGGAGGCGUCGGUCGAAGUCAACGAGUACUUGUCAUCGUAG